GGGUAACGGGCACAUGCCCUUGGUCAUUAGUCAGGAAGGACAUUCGAUUAGGCUCAGCUGGGAAAAAACCUAUCAGCUGAUAUCUACAGUCAUGCUGGCCUGCACUGGUUUAAAGCAUGAGACCACCACCACCAGGGAUUGAUGAAAGCAGCUCAAAGGCCCUGGAGAAGAGGUGGCAUGGGGGGCGCAGCGUGAGGGGACACCCCUGUGUUAAUGCGGCCAGCAUGCACGCUCACAGCUGGGUGCUCCUGCUGAGCCUCUGGCAGUUAGGCACCGUUCCUGCCUCGUCUCCGACCGGAGGCCACCAUGCAUGGACCCCACCCUGGACAGGGCCCACCAGGGAGUCCGGCGUCUUCUGGCCAUUCUGGGUUUCCGUAGAUGUCCCCUCCGUAGAGUCCGGAGGGUCCACUCCGCUCCCACUUCCUGUCGGUUUGACCUCUGACCCACAAGGUCUGCCCCAAACAGGAAGCACAGAGAGCCAGAGGCCAGCUGUCUCCACCACAAACACAGCUCUGCUACCGGAGCCAGGUACAGGAAUCCUCUGGGGCCAAGAAUCCACCUCCACAAGCAGAGAGACUGCCCCCUGGCUGCGGGAGGCUGAACUACCAACCAGUGGUUUUACACAUUUAAGUCCAGCUCAGGGGGAGGACCUUCACCUCAUGCCCCAGCCUACUCACAGCCUGAGGGGGGUAGAUGCUGCCACCCAGACACCAACGUGGCUAACGCCAGGAAUACCGCCGUUUACCGCCAUGCCGAACGGGAACACGGCCGUGCUGCUAUCCCCCACAGGGGCCCUGGAGACGAGGGAGUCGGCCCUUCCUCUUCCUCCCAAGUCUCCAGACCCCCAGGCGGGGAGACAGGGGCCCAUCACGGGCCUGCCCGGAGGGAGAUCCACCAGGAGGGGAGAGGGGAGGCGGGAGCGGGUACCCAAAACCGGGAGCAAGCCUACGCAGGCCGGGGAAGUGAAGGCAAGCGUGCCCGAUGAUGGAGGGAAGCUGGAGGGGGUGGUACAAAAACCUACCGAGACGCUGACGGUUACCACCAAAGCACCAGGAUAUGUCCUUCCUGGUGCGGACUGGCCAUCCAACCCAGGGGACCCCGAUUCUGCUCGUGUCCCACACUGUAACGGUGACAUCACUGGUUCCUGCAACCACAACAACACCUGGAUCCCCGCCCUCUCUGAAGACAUCGGACACAACCAAUCGCACGACCCCUCCCCGCCCCCAGCCCUGCCCCUGCUCCUCGUGUCUCUGAACGCGGACUGGAACAGUGCCAUGGCGACAUGGGGCGUGGCCUGGGAGCUGCACGUGUUCGGGGUUGGCUCGCUGUUCGCCGCGGCGACCCUGCUCUCCGCCCUCGGCCUGCUGCUCCUCCCCUUGCUCCGCCCCCCGGGAGGGGGGUACCUGGCGCUGGCUCACCUCUUCCUGCUGGUCGCCAGUUCCAGCCGUGCAUUCUCGCUCUUCUAUGACGCGUACAGCCACCUGGACAAGCUCCUGGCCGCCCACUUCCUGUUGCUCCACCAGGCGCCCUUCCCCAGCCUGACGGGCGCCUUCGCGGCCAUCUUCCUCUUCCUGUCCCUGCGUUCCCGCGUGAGAGUCCCCGGGUCCUCAUGCCAACGGCCUUGCUCACUGGCCGUUCUGCUGCUGCUGCACUUUGGCGCCACCUUCGGCUCCCUGCUGGUACUGCAGGCAUUCCCCCAGUGGCCCAGCCUCAUAGUCGUUUCCCAGGGGGUGUUCGUGGUGCUAAUCGCCUUCCUGUCUGUGGCCUACCUCGUCUUCUGCUGCUACACCCGGGCCGACACCAAGCACGUCUACCACCUGAGCAACACCCUGCCAUCUCGAAGAGGGUGGGACCGAACGGCAGUAAUGGCGGGAUUCUCUGUGGUCUUCUUGCUGGCGUGUGCCGGGCUACAGCUCUACGCCAUUGUUCAUUGGCUAGCCCCGGCCCCAACCCUGGGCCCCUGGCCCUGGUGGGCAUUCCAGCUGAGCUGCUGCCUCUGUGAGGCGUGCGCGUGUAUUGCCCUCUCUCUGACCGCCAUACCCCCUAUCCGCCGACCGCCUAGCCCCUACCUCUGCGGCUGCUGCGGUUGCCGCGGCGACCCAUCCGCCAAGCUGUCGGCCCCUCCUGAGUGGGAGCUGAGGCAGCAGGAGAAGCUGGCGAUCUGCGAGGGGGUGGGGUCGGAGCGCCUGCCCCUCUACGCCCUGGUAGACCCCCACCCCAGCAGCCUGGAGGGGCUGGACCUUCUCUACCAUGGAGCCGGGGUCCUGUCGUGUUCCGAUUCGUAUGCGGACACGCCACUCAAGGCGAGGGGCGGGUCCCCGGGGGCCUCCUAUGCCAGCUUGCGGCUGGACAGCGACUCCACGGGCGACCUGCGGCCCCCCUCCCCCAUAAACCUGCGGCGCAGCAUCGACGAGGCCCUGUUCAGCCCUGCCCUGUUUCCUCACAGCCUCUUCAGCCCUGCCCCCCGCCGCGGCUCCACCGGCCUGACCCCGCCCCCCGCCGACAGCUCGGCCGACCACGCCCUCUACCGCACCUCCUCCUGCCGGGAGAUGGAGGCCGGGCCUCCCAUGAUUGGCUCUAGCCUGUCCGGCCACGCCCCUGCGGAAGCUGGCCUCAGCCAGUGGACGGAGCACAGGAUGGGCGGCAGCAGCUCCAGCUUUCUGGGCAGGCAUUCUCUGGACGGCUCCUCUGUGGUCCUCUGUCCCAGCCAGGAGGCCUGCGGUCACGGCCGAAUUGCCCCUAGCAACCUGGCUCAACACAGCUCGAACCAGGGGGACCAGCUCCACGGAUGCCACUUGGGCCUAGUCUCCACCUCUCAGGAGAAUUUGGACCGGCUUGCCGAGACGGACCUGGCCGUCCAGGAGGAGUUCAUCAGGGUGUGUCGGCAGAUCGACGCUCUAAGCAUAAGCAGUGACACCAUUGACCUGUAGGCACUGUGACCCCACCCAGAAAGGUCAACCAAGAUAUGACCUCACCCAGUAAGGUCAACCAAGAUAUGACCUUACCCAGUAAGGUCAAGCAGGAUGUGACCUCACUUAGUGAGGCAUACCAGGAACAGCUCACAGACACUGUGGGGGAGUGGGAGGGAGAUACAGUAUGCUAUGGUACAGGCUCAUUUUUCUAAUAGCACGUCCACCUGCAGUUUCAUGAGUGACAUGGUGUCAAAUGGAGUUUCCUCAAAUUUGAUAUCACAAAAAAAUCUCCAGCAAUCCCAAAGAUGAGAUUUUACACUCCUUUGGAUUUACAGUAUAGCCACGGAAGAUGUGGGUCUAGCUCUAGGUUCCCUUGGUGACCAAUUUAGAAAAUAAAAGUGCUACAGUCUGGAAGAUACCCACAGUGGUUGUCAUGGGAUGCUGUGAUUAGUGUUUUUAAUUAGACCAUGUUUCUGGCUUUCCCGAGCCCUUCAGCACAGCUGACUCAUCCAGGGAGAUGCUAAACAAGCACUUAUUAACAAGAGGCUGCUAUUUAUUGAUAUACUAUAACCAACCGAUGUUGCUUUACUUAUGGAAUAUAAAAUCAAAUCAUAUUCCUCAUCCUCCCCUCCCAUCAAAUUGCUUUUGUUGUACAUGAUUAACUUUUGUGUUACACUUGCUCAAAAAAUGCCCAAAGGAAAUCUCAUGCCCUGCAAUACUUCUGAAGACAUUAUAUAGAUGUAGAACUGAUGUUAUGGAAGUAGAAUUUAUAGCCUGUGUCAGCACCGUAGAAGAAUAGCAGCGCCAUCUACUGGUAAACAGAUGUUACAAUGUCAUGCCUUCUGCUCACUUCCAUAGUUAUUUCUUUGUAAGACAUGCUUUAGAUUCACAUAAACAGCUAAAAACCUGUUUAUUUUUGCGAGAUUAUGGUUACAAAAUCAUGUUUUUAUUUAUUUUCAGCUUUAUUAAGAAGCAAGGGAUAUUUUAUAUGUGUGGAUUUAAGUGCAUGUUUCAAAGAGAUGCUUACUGAAAGUUUACACUAUAGUGCAAGGAUUAUAUGGAAAAAGAUUUCAUCCAAAUUAUUCAGAAGGAUAAGUGUUUUAUGUUACAAUAAAAUCAAAUGUUAUAUUGAA